AUGGUUUUGAAGAAUUCAAAAUGGGACAAGAAGGCUAAAUAUAAGUUUUUGAAAAAGCAUGGGCUAAACACAAAGCCUAAUGAUCAACAAACAGAGGUUUCACCAAAAUGGACUACGAAGAAGAAAGUGCUGUCUAAUGACAAAGUUCAACUUGAGGAUUCUGACGAUGAAUGGGAUUCUGACGUAGAUGAAGCAUUAAUAAAUCAUUUUUAUCCACAGCUUGGUACAGACGAAGGAUUGACCAGGGAGCACAAGAUUAAAAUUAAACAACAAAUAUUGAAGGAUUUGGAAAAUGAUGAUAAUUCUGAAGUCGAAGAAAUCGAAGAGCCAAGUCAAGAGAAGGAAGAGCUUGAUGGCAUAUAUUUGGGUACAAACCAAGAGGCACCGGAGGAAAAACCUUUAAAAUUUAAUCUCGAAGAAUUUAUUAGUAGUGUUAAAACGAAACCAAAAACCAAGAAGGUACUAAAGAACAAAAUGUCAGACAAUUUUCUUGAAGAGUAUGGUCUCGAAAGUUACGAGCAAUUAAAUAGAAAUACAGAUGAUUAUAAUGACAUAUACAACAAAAAAACCAAGAAUAAAAAAAAUGAAGAAUUAUUUUCGAGGUUGAAUGAAUUUCAAGAAGUUGAAUUAGGAAAAGAGAAACAAAUUGACGUAAAACUACGAUCAAUGACAGAGGUAGAAAAAGAGGAAGAACUAAAUAGGGCAAAGGUAAUAAAAGAAAAUCAGUUUUAUCAAGAACUUAAAAAAAAGUUUGAAGACAAACAACCCAAAGCAAAUAAAAUUCUUGAUGUUAAUAAUUUUAAAGGUGAUGAUAGCCAAUUGAGCUACUUGAGAGAAAAACUAACUCGGGAAGAUGAAACUGACACGUUGGAGGAUGAUAUUAAUGAACUAUUGGGAUUGUCUGAAGAAUUUGAAGAUAAGGAUGUCACAGUUGAUGACGUUUCAAAUUUAUUGAAGGGGUCGAAAAUUCACAAUAAUGAACCAAAUAGAACCAAUUUGAGACCACGAUCACCUCAAUCUAUGAAUCACACUAAUGGAAAGGAUAUAGAUUUUAUAGAUUCUAUAAUUGGAUAG